GUACGUGCGCGUGCCCGCCUGUGCUCUCGGCUGUAAAGAUGGCGGCCUGCGCGUUGCGCCGAGGCUUUCUCAGCGCGGUCAGUAAAUACAACAAGCACGCGCACAGAAUCCUGAGCGCCGUUGACGGGCUCGAGGGGUUCCGACCGCGGGUCCAAUGCCGCGCCUGCGCACUACCCGGCGGCGUCCAGCAGCAGCGGCUCAUGUCGUCACGACCUGAAGGGAAGAUUCUGGAGACGGUGGGAAUGUUCGAGGCCGUGAAGCAGCACGGAAAAUAUGAAACAGGACAGCUGUUCCUUCACAGCGUGUUCGGCUACAGAGGAAUCGUCUUGUUCCCCUGGCACGCCCGGCUGUACGACCGCGACAUCACCCCCCCCAUUGCCGACAGUAAGCCGGAGCCUCCGGGCUCUCACGGCUCCAAGGAGGUGAAGGGGAAGACUCACACCUACUACCAGGUCCUGAUCGACACGCGGGACUGCCCCCACAUCUCUCAGAGGUCCCAGACGGAGGCGGUGACGUUUCUGGCCAACCACGAUGACAGCAGAGCCCUGUACGCCAUCCCAGGUCUGGACUACGUGAGCCACGAGGACAUCCUGCCCUACAACUCUGCCGAGCAGAUCCCGAUCCAGCACGAGCUGUUCGAGCGCUUCCUGUUGUUCAACCCGGCCAAAACGCCCCCCUUCACGGCCCGGGACACCCUGAAGGCCUGGCAGGAGAAGAACCACCCCUGGCUGGAGCUGUCGGACGUCCACAGGGAAACCACGGAGAACAUCCGGGUCACCGUCAUCCCCUUCUACAUGGGCAUGAGGGAGGCCCAGAACUCCCACGUCUACUGGUGGCGGUACUGCAUCCGCCUGGAGAACAUGGGCAGUGAGGUGGUCCAGCUGAGGGAGCGGCACUGGAGGAUCUUCAGCCUGUCGGGAACCCUGGAGACGGUCCGGGGCCGAGGGGUCGUGGGCCGGGAGCCGGUGCUGUCCAAGGAGCAGCCGGCCUUCCAGUACAGCAGCCACGUGUCUCUGCAGGCGCCCAGCGGACACAUGUGGGGGACGUUUCGUAUCGAGAGGACCGACGGUUCCCACUUCGACAUCCGCAUCCCCCCCUUCUCCCUGGAGAGCAACAAAGACGACAAGGCGCCCCCUGCUGGCUACACGUUCUAACUGCAGGUCUAGAGCCCCGCCCCACGUUUGAUAGAAAAGAAGAGGGAAAGAGAGAGAGGGAAAGAGAGAGAGAGCAACAGCACAUCAUCGAUCAACUCUGAGGAGUUACUGGCAGCCGCUGAAAUGUUGAGCAGGUUGUUUUUAUUGUUGUUGUCAUGGAAACAUUUCCUGCCAUGUUCAUGGAGCGAGCUCCAAGUCGGCUUCAACUCCUCCUCCUCUUCCUCUUCCUCCUCCUCCUCCUCCUUAUUAUCAUCACCAUCGUUUGAAUUCAUGUAAACAUUACAUCUCGACUUCAAGGUGAAUUUUUGGAGAAUGAUGCAACCCAAACGAAGCGGCUGCACUCUGAUCUCAUUCAAUGAAACUUUAUUAACAACUCUCACGUGAGCGACCGGCUGUUGUGUAAUGAUAUAAUUGAUGUAGCGUUCAGAUCCGUUAGACAAACACUCGUCAUCACAUGCUCUGUGAUGUAAAGCUGAUAAAGAUCAAACUUAUAACCCGGGUGGUUUAUAAACUAACGUUUUUAGGUCACACGCACACACACACAUGUUGGUUUUUAAGCUCCGAGUCUGGUUGAACCGACACGUGUUUGUUUUCGAUGUGAUUUAAAGCGACUGAAGGUUGAAAUGUUGAUGUUACUGUAAAUAAAGAUUAAAUUAGAGGACAAA